AUGGCUUUCUUCUCCUUUCCUAUUCCAUUCUCUGGAUCUUCUGCUCCACUCGACGAGAAAGCAGCCGAGAAGAAACAAAUCUUCGAAUCAGCGAGAUUACUCCAGCAAGAAGUAUCUCGAUUCCUCGAGCAACAAGUUGAUAUUCAGGACGACAACGAGAAUCCAGUCCGCCCACGUCUUCCAAUCUUUUUUGCGAAGGGAUUCAAUGCUCUUAAGGCGAAAGAAGUCGCUCUAAACUACGAGUGUCCAUUGCUCAACUUGAUUCCAUACACUAUCCAAAUGCAACUUCUAACCGAGUUCGGACCAUCUGAAGAUUACCCGAAAUUGGAUAAGAAUGGAUUUUUCAUUGAGACUCCGAGACCAGUUAUGGAGGAAAUCGAACAAUUGGAAGGGGAUCUCAUCGAUUACAUCACGUAUCAUUACAUUUGUACAGACAAGAUGCCACUUCUCCCAUCAUCUUUAUCGUCAACUAUGAAGGAUAUUGGGAGAAAGUCAGGGACUGAUAUGGACGAGGAGGCGGUGGAUAGAAUGUUCUCGCUUGACACCGUAGACCUACUGGAGGAUGAUUGUCUCAUUGGAAUGCUCAAAAAAUGCUUCAACAUUUCCUAA